AAACAGAAGGUCGUUUAGUUGUGUGGAGACAUUCGUACUGAUUUUUUUGUCGAUCGUGUUUUUAUAUUAUUUUAUUUUAUUGUGUUUAUAUUAUUAUUUCAUUGGUUAUAUUUAUCAAAAUGUUUGGUAGAUUUAUAUGUUUGAGUUCUUUAUUAAUAUUAUUUCCUCAAAUAAUUAAAACUACAACUACAGUUUAUAAAUGUGGCUCAAGAAAUCAAGAAAUUUUAAAUAAUGUAACAGUAACAAUUGAAAAUUGUACUACAUCAAGAUGCUCGUUAAAACGAAAUAGUACUGUGCACAUAGAAAUAAAAUUCAAGCCAGAAUUCGAUGUAAGGGAUUUAAUCGCAGAAGUGCAUGGUAUAGCAUUAAAUAUACCAAUACCCUUAUUAGGAGUAGAUAAUAAAAGUGUAUGCAAUAAUCUCUACGAAGAAGAUGGAACAAAAAAAAAAUGUCCUCUACUUAAAGGCAGUCCAUAUAUUUAUAAAGACGAGAUAUACAUAAUUGAAGCAUAUCCUAAGUUUAAGGUAGAUGUGCAUUGGAGUUUAAAGGACCCUAUUUCAAAAAAUGUUGUUACUUGUUUUGAAGCACCAUCAAAAAUCGUUGAUUAAUUUUUAAUUGUAUUUUUUUUUUUUUAUUAUUUUAAUUAAAAAUAAAUAAACAAAUAUAGUUUGAUCUUCUACUGAA